GGCGAUGGCGGCGGCUCCGCGGUGGCGGGAGCGGCUCUUCGCUCUCUAUUUCCUCUCGCACAUCCCGAUCACGGCGCUCAUCGACCUGCAGCCCCUGCUGCCCGCCGGGAUCGCGCCGCGGGCCCUGACAGACCUGUUGCAGCAGUAUGCAACUGCCUUCAGGGACCCCAUGAUGCUGCAGCCCCCGGAGUGGUUCAAGGCGUUCAUCUACUGCGAAGCCUUUCUCCAGCUGCCCUUCUUCCCCAUCGCUGCCUACGCCUUCCUGAAAGGUGGCUGCAGAUGGAUCAGGACUCCUGCCAUUAUCUACUCCACCCACGUAGCCACCACUCUGUUUGCCAUCCUGGCCCACAUCCUGUUCCACGACUUCUCCAAGUCGGAGCUUGGGGGCCCUCAGACGCUGCGCGAGCGCCUGGUGCUGCUCUCCAUCUACCUGCCCUACCUGCUGAUCCCACUGCUGCUCCUGUUCACCAUGCUCUGCAACCCCCACUACAAACACGUGGAGAAGAGGAAAAGGAAGUAG